CGAGUAGGAAGGGUGUGUACUCGCGCUCCUCGCGACGACUAGCGAGAAUACGAUCGAGUUUCAAAACAACGAUACCACUUCGACUUAACGUUCCCUUAGCGCUUUUCGUAAAUUCAUUACAAAACAAAUGCGUCUGCUUUGUGUUAUUUUUGUACUAUCCGAAAAAUUUAGGGCUAAGAAUAUAUUUUAAUUGUCGUAAAAGCCGGACGCGUCCGUCGUGCGUACAAUGUGUAUUCAAACGAAUUAGCGAUGGAACAGCGGAUCCCAUGAAACUGCAGCCAUGAUAUUCAAAAUGGGGGUAAAGCCUCCGGGCAAGAGCCCUCCGAAAAAAGAGACUAAAGAGAAGAAAGAAGAGGAGAAAUGUGAGGAAAGAUGCCCCGAUCCAUGGAUGUACUGUGUCGUGUUGUGGUGUGCGUGUGCCAUGAGUCUGAUAUCGAGUGGAUAUAGUCUGUACAAGCAGCAGGGGCUGCAGGACAGGUUGUCGUUGCUGGAAGAGCAGCACUUGGCAUUGAGAAGUGCGGUCUUGGAGCCGCAGCAACCCUUGGUCGAGAGGCUUAGAAGGGAGGUUCUCUCCAGGCCACCCGGUUUUUGGAGGGCGAAAAGAAGUAUUCGUGAUUAUGGUGACUGCGUUUGCCCACCAGGUCCUCCGGGCCCUCCUGGCAAGCGCGGCAAGAAGGGCAAGAAAGGAGAUUCAGGCGAGCCGGGACCUCCGGGGUUGAUGGGAGCUCCUGGGAAGAAUGGAUUCCCGGGAAGCAAGGGCGAGAAAGGCGAACGCGGUUUUAUGGGUCCUAUUGGUCUGGACGGUCCUAAAGGAGAUCCCGGCCGACCCGGAGACAAGGGGCAGAAGGGAGAACAUGGCAACCCCGGAUUCGACGUCUUCGCUGCUGUCAAGGGCGUCAAACGGUCGGUGGACAACUUUAAGAUGCACCCGUACACCACCGCGGAGAUCAUAGCCGUCAAGGGCCUGCAGGCGGCCGGUCACAACAUCUCCGCGCAAUCCAUCAUUCAGCUUAAGGGAGAGCCUGGAGAACCAGGCCCUCCGGGAUCACCGGGCCCCCCUGGGAAUGAAGGAAUAGCCGGAGCAGAGGGGAGAGUCGGGCCUCCUGGUACGCCUGGUCCAGCUGGGCCCAUAGGCUCACCCGGCCCUGUAGGGCCUAUAGGACCUGUUGGACCACCAGGACCUAUUGGACACAAGGGUGACAAAGGCGACAAGGGCGAGAGAGGUUUUACAACGACACUGAAGGGCGACGCAUUCCCAACCGGCAUCAUCGAGGGCCCGCCUGGACCUCCCGGACCUCCCGGCACGGAGGGCGCGCGUGGGGAGCGCGGCGCGGCGGGGGCGCCCGGCCCGCCCGGCGAGCGCGGCGCGCGUGGCAAGCGCGGCAAGAGGGUAACCCCGCAUCCCUCCUCGCCUGCGCCUCGAUUUCUAUUCGCUCCCUACUCGCUCUCUAUUCGCUCUCUACUCGCCACUUACUCGUUCAACUUUUCGCUUCUUCUCCUCAGUUCGAGCGGUACAUCGGGAAAGGAAGGAGCGGCGGGUCCGCGGGGACCACCUGGGCUAGACGGCCGACCUGGCGACCCGGGUGUACCCGGCCCACCCGGGAAACCGGGUGAGAUGGGACCGAAAGGCGAGAAAGGAGACUACGGGGACAUGGGCUCUCCGGGGAUGCUGGGCGCACCAGGCCUGCCCGGCCCGCCGGGAUACCCCGGCCUCAAGGGCGAGAAGGGUGACAAGGGGGACUCUCAGAAGUACCGGAAGCUGAGACGCAGGCAGAACUUGCAGGGAGACGGCACCGGAUAUGAGCUAUACGGACAUGAGAUCAUGAUGGGUCCGCCGGGAGCGCCGGGGCCGACCGGACCGCCCGGCGUGGCCGGUCCGCCCGGCAUCAAGGGUGACAAGGGCGAGCCCGGCACGCGUGGAAAGACGGGAGAAAGAGGGGAGAAAGGUGACCCUGGUCCCAUGGGACUACCGGGUCCAGUAGGCCUGCCGGGAGAAGCGGGCGAGCCUGGCCGGCUAGGCGACGUCGGACCUAGGGGGCCGCCCGGUCUCGACGGCAUGAAGGGCGCGCAGGGCGAGCCGGGCAGCAAAGGCGAGCGUGGCGACCCUGGACUACCAGGAACUGACGGAAUUCCCGGUCAAGAGGGACCUAAGGGGGACAAAGGAUAUAAAGGAGAGCCAGGUCCGGCCGGGAAGCGCGGACGCAAGGGCGACAAAGGCGACCGCGGCGAGCAAGGCGUGCCCGGCCUCGACGCGCCCUGCCCGCUCGGACCCGACGGCCUACCGCUCCCCGGCUGCGGCUGGCGACCCUCUAAGGAGGCGGCUCGCGAGGAUCGACCGGGCGGCGCACGCUCCGACGAGGAGGGCGAGGCAGAGGCGGAGGGCGAGGGCGAGGCGGACGAGGCGGGCGAGUACGACGCGCGCGAGGACGAGCUCGACGCACCACGCGACUACGACGACUACACCGACAACGCACACCACGAGCCGCACCGCGACUAGCGCACCCGACGCGACGACGCUGCUCCGCACCGCGCAGGAGGCCAUGCUGGCGUGGCUGCGACGGCGCCUGGAGCUCGACGCGGUGGACAACGACCUGCGGCCCAACGCGCGGCCCCCCGCGCCCCUGCGCAUACCCUGACUACGAAACCGCAAAGUUGUAUUAAUAAAACCAACCAACCUGAUCUAUGUCUACAGCUUAUAGCUGUUUAUACCAUAGAAUACCUACUCGCAUGGAAUAUAUCACACAUAAUUAAUGUGUUUUAAAAUAUAUUAGGUAUACUUACCUACUUAGGUAAAUACUUAUUUUAAAAAUUAAUAGUGUCUGUUAAUACGAUAACAUUUAUUUCUACAAGGCGUACCAAUCGGCCAUUUAAGUAUUGCAUCAAAGAGUUCUAUUUUCUAUUGAGAUUUUUUGCCGAGAAUCUAAAUUAAUUUCUGAAAUUAUUUUUUAUAUCACACCUGUCAGACAUUUGUAUUUUAAUAUUUGUUCUUACUUACAUUAUUUCUAAAGAAUUUACCUAGACGCGUAAUGACUCAGUAAACCAUUGCAUUAUGAGUGACACGCAACUGGUAUGUAACUAGGUACCGAUGUAACUAAUUAUAACGAUUAUUAUCUUCUAAUUAAAUAAAUUACAUUUAUGCAUUAAAGGCACGGCUACCAGCUAACGCUUAUGCUGUCGUGUUACCAGUGUUUACUUUUAAACUGUUUCCAAAAAAUGUAUCAUAUUUUUUCAUUGGAAUACAUUAUGUAGGUAUAAGUUUAUGUAUUACGCAUCAAGUAUUAGCGCGCUACACAUCGCGGAAAAGUUCUAACAGGAAAACGACUUGAAGAUUACCGAUGACCUCGAGCAGUCGUCGCCGCGGCUGCAUCACCGAGUCAAUGUUACAUUUAAACGCAUACCUACGACUGCUAAGCGUUAUUAUACUUGUUGCAGCCCAGCUCACAAGCUUUUAUUCGAUAUAUCUCGUUAGUGUGUAAGCCCCAAAUCUUGCAAUUGUGUUUAAGUCGAUUUCUUACAACCGUACCACCUAAAAUGUUGCGCACCCUUUUGCGAUGUAGACAAUAAUGACAAUUACUGAAUUUUACUUAGCGUCAUAACUUCUAUUUAGGUAAUAAAAGCCUGAUUUUUUAAAAUAUUUUAUAUUUUAAUAAACUUAUUUAGUAAUUUGUUUGAUAAAAAGAAACAAUCUCAAUUUCUUCUUCUUAUAGUCUGUUUCUUGUUAUUGUUAUCGUCUAUCAUUCUGGUAGACUACGACUAAGUUUUAACAUUUAUUGUGAGUAGUUGAAGAUAAUUAUAUUUAAAGCGUCAAGUCCGACUUGUGUUUUACGACCGAGUAUGAUGUCACGUGAUGAGGCAGAGUUGUAAUAAAUUAUUGUGGACCUUCUAAUGUUAUCCAUGAUUUGUUAAAAAAAUGUAAAUAAUGGUAGUCAUAAAAUGUAUGUAAUUAUAGAAUUGAAAUAAUUUAUAAAGUUGUAAGUAUAAUAAGUAAAUUAUAAGUUAAACUGUACAUACUAUUUACUUAUAAUGCUAGGCUUUUAAAGGCCUCAUUUAAACGGCCUUUUAAUGUUGUGCGGCACGUGAAGAGUUGGAUCGAUUCUCCUUUCUCCUUCAUGAAUAAUUUUACACACACAAGAAGAAAGCAUUGUUGUAUAUUACUUUACAACCACUGUGCAACUUUUAUUAAGGCCAUUAAUAUAUUAUCUUAAUGUACACCUGAAAUAAUACGUAAAAAAAUAAAUGUCAUCUUCGUUACCGUCUUGGUAUAUAUAUUUUUAGAAUAAUUAAAAUUCCUCUCAAAAUGUCAUACAAAUAAUUCGAGUCAGUCCCUUCUUGCGCUACGCUGAUGUUGGAGUUACCGUAGGCCCUACAAAUAAGUAUAUUUGUGGCUGGACAUCAUCAUUAACUGAUAUAUAUAUUUUUUGUUUUAUUAUCAUUUAAAAUAUACCUAAAGUUAGAUUUUGAGUUACAUCAUGCAAAUGUCAAUGACCAAUGUAAUAAGUAGGAAUGAAAAAUAGUAAAAAAAUUUAAAAUAUUAUUGGUUCAGUCCGCAUCAAUAACAACGACAAGUAGGUAUACAAAAUGUAAGAAUAUCGUGACAAACGUGCUAUGGUCCUGACUACGGAACUCUAUAAAAACUAUAAUUAUAAUAUGUAUC